AGGCAAAGGGGCGGGACUGAGCGCACAGCCGGGGGUAGGUGCGGUAGUGCGGCGUACGAUGCGUGCAGAAAGACAACACUUACAGCACAGGACACACAGGAGAUAACCGACAUACACACAAAAUGCUGCGUCCACGAGCUGUAACAAGCCGCUGGAUGUGAAGAAAAUAAAGGACCGGCUGACGAUAACGCCUCCAGAUUGAGUACGCUCUAGCAGGCUGCGUUUCUGCCGCAGAAAUCAUUCCACUAAAGCUCUUGUCGAUGAUGCGCUUUAGCUCUGCAUGAGUCCCUUCGUUUGGUUUGCAGGUUCAGGACAAAACCGGGCGGUGCUGACUGUGUGUGGUAUAUACAGUUUGUGAGUGCACCUUAUCCGCGUCUCCGCACAGUCCUUGGCACCUCCUUCAGGAUGGCGUUAACGAUCUGCACGAGAUUCACUGACGAAUAUCAGCUGUUCGAGGAGCUGGGGAAGGGCGCCUUCUCUGUGGUCAGGAGGUGCGUAAAGAUCUCAUCUGGUCAGGAGUAUGCUGCCAAAAUCAUCAACACUAAGAAGCUAUCUGCCAGAGAUCAUCAAAAGCUGGAGAGAGAGGCGAGGAACACACAGAUUCAGAAUGAACCUAAUCUUAAAAUAAGACUCCAUGACAGCAUAUCAGAAGAGGGUUUCCACUAUCUGGUGUUUGAUCUGGUGACAGGAGGAGAGUUGUUUGAAGAUAUAGUAGCCCGGGAGUACUACAGUGAGGCUGAUGCCAGCCACUGCAUACAGCAGAUCCUGGAGAGUGUCCAUCACUGCCACGUUAAUGGAAUCGUUCACAGGGACCUGAAGCCUGAGAACCUUCUAUUGGCCAGUAAGCUGAAGGGGGCGGCGGUCAAGUUGGCUGACUUUGGGCUGGCUAUCGAGGUACAGGGGGACCAGCAGGCAUGGUUUGGUUUUGCAGGCACCCCAGGCUACUUAUCUCCAGAAGUUCUGAGGAAAGAUCCAUAUGGGAAACCAGUGGACAUGUGGGCCUGUGGUGUUAUUUUGUACAUCCUGCUGGUUGGCUACCCUCCCUUCUGGGAUGAGGAUCAACAUCGCCUCUAUCAACAAAUCAAGGCUGGGGCCUAUGAUUUCCCAUCACCGGAGUGGGACACUGUAACUCCUGAGGCCAAAGAUCUAAUUAACAAGAUGCUAACCAUCAACCCCAGUAAACGCAUCACUGCUGCAGAGGCCCUAAAACACCCCUGGAUCUGCCAACGGUCCACUGUCGCUUCCAUGAUGCACAGGCAGGAGACUGUGGAAUGCCUGAAGAAAUUCAAUGCCAGGAGGAAACUCAAGGGAGCAAUAUUGACCACUUUGCUAGUCACAAGAAACUUCUCAGCAGCUAAGACUUUGCUCAACAAGAAGCCAGAUGGCGUUAAGGUCAACAACAAAGCCAACACAGUGACCAGUCCUAAAGACACUGGCCCUGCCCCUGCACUGGAACCACAGACAACUGUGAUACACAACCCUGUGGAUGGAAACAAGGAGUCAAUUGAGAGUGCCAACACCACCAUUGAAGAUGAAGAUGUGAAAGCCCUUCGUCUGGGCAGCUUAGUGAGUGGUAUCUUGAGUUCUAAGAGCCGUUCCUCACAGAUGUCUGACUCAAGACAGACUCCCAACUCCUCAAUUCAGACCUGCACCAAUAACAAUAAAGCUCGAAAACAAGAAAUCAUCAAAGUUACUGAGCAGUUAAUUGAAUCUAUCAACAAUGGAGACUUUGAGGCCUACGCGAAAAUAUGUGAUCCUGGUUUGACUUCCUUUGAGCCUGAGGCCCUGGGCAACCUCGUUGAAGGACAUGACUUCCAUCGCUUUUAUUUUGAAAAUGCAUUGUCCAAAGGGAAUAAGCCAGUUCACACCAUCCUAUUGAACCCACAUGUGCACCUUAUUGGGGAAAAUGCAGCAUGUAUUGCCUAUAUUCGGCUGACCCAAUACAUGGAUGGCAGUGGCAUGCCUCGCACCAUGCAGUCUGAGGAGACCCGAGUUUGGCACCGCCGUGAUGGAAAGUGGCAGAACAUUCACUUUCAUCGCUCUGGCUCGCCCAGCAUCCCCCAUUAAUGGAACAUCAACAUGUGGUCACAUAAAAAAAAAAGAAAAAGAAAAAAGAACCCUCAUCAGCAAAUCUAGUGGAGUUCAUGACUGCUCUUUGACCCCUCCAUAAGGAUAUGACAUACCACAGGAAACAAGUAUUACUACAUUUUACUGUUAUGGUAUUUUAUUAAUGGACAUCAUUCGAAACCACCACUGGGUGGCUGCACACCGUAUUUGGACAUUAUGAAACAAGCAUAUUGAGAAAAAAAAUCUUUUUUGUUUGUUUUUUUAAGAUGUUUUGGUAUGCAUUUUAAAUAUAAAAUAGAGAUGUUUAAAGAUCUACAACUGUAACCUCUCCCAAAAAAAUAGUUAUGUAUUUUUAUGUGUAUUUAUGUGUGUGCAAUUCAAAAACAUUUGGAAGAUCAGAAUGUUAAAAAUUGAGCUUGCUUUAGUUCUGGUGAUGUAUAUACAUUGUGAUUGUUGGUUUAAAAACACAAAACACAACAAAAACAAAUACUGAAAUUGCUAUUCUUGCUAUCAGAGGACUUAAGAGUUUACGUAAAAUCCAGUUUAUGAGCUACAUUUAUGUUUGCUAUGAGCUAAGUCAUACUGUUUAAAUUGUCAGAUUUCAAUCUAUAGUACUAAUUUAAAUGUAAAGAAAAGCAGAGCAGCUUACACUUGCGUUGAGAUAUGUUUGCCUUUAUAUAAGUGAAAUAAGAAAUAAGAGAAUGUAGCAUAUAUGUAAUAUAUGAAAAUCCAAGACUAUUGUGUAGUGCAUGGUGGGGGGAGGGGGGUGUUAUCGUGCUAAGAUCAUAUGAAACUAUUAUAUCUUCUGUUUGAUUUGUCAGUCACUGACUUGUUUGUUUGUAUUUGUUAAUGUUGUGCAUCAGUCCUGUCCAAAUGUUUCUAAUGUCCUCCAGCAUCAUGGAACUGUUGUAAAAACAAUAACAUUGUUAUUGUUACCAUCCAAAUAUCGGAAUCUCAUAUCUAAGAGGAGGAGAAUAAACUCCGGGUUGCCGAAGCACCACUUACAUUUUGUACAAAAAAUAAGACGAAAACAAGCUCAUUUUUCAUAACGUUUGUACUUGUAUUGUAUAACUGUAUGUAGGGUUUCUUUUGUCAUUUUAUUCUUGUCAUACCAGUGUGUUAUUUUGCCAAUUGCAUAGAGGUGGUGCAGAUGAUGAAGAUGGCACAAAAGCACUAGAAGGUUUGCCUUCUGUCAGGUCAAGUGAUACAAACUGGUGGUCAGACUAAUAGGUCUGGAAGCACUGUAAUGAAAAAGUUGCACCAAGGCAAGAGGAUGGUAUCAGAAAAUUGAAGGAGAGAAAGUGCAAUGGACUGUAAUAAAUGUUGGGAUGUCUUCCUUGGCGAUCAGUGCUUCUGCUAGCCAGUGGUCUUACCACUGCAGGACAAUGGCAGUGUCUUUGUCAUCCCUACUGUUUGCUCUUUUCGACUGAUUUGUCUCUUCUUUUUUUAAAGGGAAAAUAUGAUAAACAUUUCUUUCGACAAAACGUAUGAUGUCAAUGCAAUGCACCACUCCUUAUCUGGUGUGUAACUGUUGCCAGCAUGGCAAUGGAUGGCUUAACAUGUUUAAGAAAUAAAUAAAUCAGCUAAAAUAUGUGAUAAUUGAUGUGUUUUAAUUUUAUUUUGUGUUAUUUUGGUAUUGAUUUUUCAUGCAUUUGUGUCCUGUGGUUUGGUCACUGUGUGAUUAGAUGGCUGUGCUUCAGAAAUGCUAAGCCCAGACCAGGCUAUAUUGUUGUGCCUGAUUAUUUGGAUAUUUAAAGACUUAUAUUACAUUUUCAUGUUUAAACAUACUCUGAAAUACAACAUGUACAACCUGGGCUCUGGGGAGGCCAAUCCAUGAAUGAUAGUGUGCAUACGUAUCUUUUUUCUACGCAGGUAUGCUUUUACUGCAUUAGCAGUGUGUUUGGGAUGAUUUUCCGGCUGAAAAUGAUGCUGUUAUUAAUCAGAUGCUUUCCAGAUGGUAUUGCAUGGUGGACCAAAAUAUGAUUGUUCACAGUUCCAUCAAUUUUAACAAGAUCUCCAACAACACUGACUAAAAUACAGCCCCAAACCAUGACAGAGCCUCAGCUGUGUUUUAUAGUAUGACUGUAGACAAUCACUGUUAUGACGUCUUCUUUUGUCCUGAUUCCUCAAAUUUUUUAAGGAUACAUUGUACACGAUGUUGAAAUAUGCCAAGUGUUGAGUUGAUGGCGCUUUGGGAAUCACCUUGUUGUUGCAAAAUUACCAUUUACUCCUCAAAGUGUUAUCUUUGGCUAUUUUUUGUAUUCAACUAAAGAAAUGGAAAAGAAUUAUGUGCUUUUGCUAGUAACAAACUGUCUAAAGAUACAGUUAUAAAUAUGUUCUUUGCUAAUUUGCCUGUUUUGUGUAGAUACAACACUGGUUGAUCCUUGUAGUUAGAUGCCUUUUUGUGCAUGAAUGAUUGAUUAAAAAAAUAUUCCCCUGAAAAUGGUCAGGUGUGAGGACUGGACUGAAAAUGUGUGAGAAAGCAUUUAAAUAUUUAAGCUACCAGGUGAAACAUGUGUUUAUGAUCAAUAAAGUUGGAUUCUACUUA